CAUAGUGCACUAUCACUAUGAGUGCGUGAGUGUGUAGGCCUACGUGUGCGCGGGCGCGUGUGUAGGGUGUGUGUGAUAUCUCAGACGUCACAGCCUGCCCGUUGGUUCAGUUCAGUUCAGUUAGGUCCGAUCAUAAUCAGAUGAACCUUGGGCUACACUGGUUCUGUCCAGAGGUAAACUAAGCAAAAACCAGUGGCAGGAAGGCAGUUUAUCCCCGACAUCUCCGUUCGCAGUGUGAACCAGGACGAAUUAUUUUAUUUCUGUUUAAACCUUAGUAACUAGCAGAAGCAGGCGGAGAGAAGGAGAGCAGCCGUUAGCGUAACAUCCGUGACGUCGGUCCGCCCCGGUUGCUGCUCCGCUGGGUUUGCCACCACGCUCUUUGUCAGGAGUGUCCUAAUCGGUGUUUACUGAGUGAUCGACUGAUCCGAUCGCAGCUUAGUCGCGGGAUCGAUAAGUGUACAAUGAUGGAGAGGAAGAGGACGGACUGUCCCGCUCUGCCGCCCGGCUGGAAGAAAGAAGAAGUGAUCAGGAAGUCCGGACUGAGCGCUGGAAAGAGCGACAUCUACUACUACAGUCCGUCAGGGAAGAAGUUCAGGAGUAAGCCUCAGCUGUCUCGUUACCUUGGAAACACAGUGGAUCUGGGAUGUUUCGACUUCCGUACGGGGAAGAUGAUGCCUGGGAAACUGCAGAAGAACAAACAGAGAGUGCGACAUGACCCAUUCAGCAUGGCUAAGGGAGGUAAACCGGACCUGAACACAGCUCUGCCAAUCAGACAAACGGCGUCCAUCUUCAAACAGCCCGUUACCAAGGUUACAAGUCACCCUGGCAAUAAGGUGAAGACAGACUUGCAGAGAGCAACUGAUCAGCCCAGACAGCUGUUUUGGGAGAAGAGGUUGAAAGGUCUCCGGUCAUCAGAUGUCACAGAGGAAGUCCUGAGGACCAUGGAUCUGCCCAAAGGACUCCAGAGUGUUGGUCCAGACUCCAGUGAUGACACUCUGUUGUCAGCCAUUGCCAGCGCUCUGCACAUGAGCUCCGUUCCAAUCACAGGACAGACAUCUGUGGCUGCUGAGAAGAACCCAGCCAUAUGGCUGAACACAUCCCAGCCACCCUGCAAGGCCUUCACUGUCACUGACGAACACAUCCGGGAGCAGGAGAUGAAAGUGUACCAGGCCAGGAGGAGUCUGGAGGAGGCGCUGACGGCUGAUGGUUUGGCGCGGGCCGCUGAAAACACCCGAGAUCUGCUGGAGGGGAAGACAGCCUGAAGACAGACAGAGGUCCUGUGCUCAGCAGCCUCAGGUUUAUCAUCAACUUCAUCUUAAUCCGUGCAACAGAAGACCCACAGAUUGAUAUACCGCCUGCACCUAUACAGUACUUUGAUUACUUCAACUUGUCCGUUAAGGAAACCUUCUUCAAGAUGACAUCACACUGGAUGCCUGACAGCUUCUGGAAAAUAAAGUGAUUUUUCAAAGGAAGAAUGGAAGCAACAGCUACAACAAUAAUGGCACCAGCAAUGACAAAAACACCAGCAUCAACAAACAACUGCAGCAGCAAUCUGCAACAUAGGAACAAAAGGAGCAACAGCAGCAAUAAAUAUAGCAGAGUAUCUACCAGCUCCACACAACAACCGAAGCCUUUAAUCCCUUCUGUGAAUUAUAAUCUGUGCAAACUUUACAAAAUGUGCUUCUCUUGUCUCAGCUUUCAAAUUCAGAUUUUAGUUUUCUUUUUUAAAAUAUAAAGCCGAUACAAAUAAUUUAAACAAUAUUGAAGCAAUAUUAAACCCAAAGUCAGGUUGCAAACUGCUGGACAGCUUUUGCCAACUACUAAAUCUCCACGUGCUUUUGAUGAUUUUGGUUGUUUGUGGUGUCAGGUUGUCAUCAGUUUUAAAGAAGUCUUCAGGGGUUUUAGUUAAAUAAUGAUAAUUUUGCAUGAAUAUGAAAUAGAACAAUUGCUUAUUUAAGACAGAUUUUAUACCUUGAGAGAGCAUACCUGUAUAUUUCUUGGACUGAAGUAAAUAAAUGAUUAUAUUCAUAGUCAGGUGUUGGCGCUUUUCUUAAAAUCUGCUGAUACAGGUUUAUGGACUGUGUGUGCUGACAUCUCAACCUUUAAAGCAGUAGUUUGGGAAUACACUAAUCUGCGCUCUGCAUGACAGUGAAGAAGAGAUCUUUCUCAGGUACAGGCAUGUCUGUUAAGAACAGAGUCAGUACAUGCUUAGCAUAAAGACUAAAAGGAGAGGGAACUAGCUAACCUGAAUGUCUGCAGUCAAAAAUACACCUGUAUUGAGUCUUUAUGCUAAACUAAGUGAACCAUGUCCUAACCUCAGCUCUGUACUUAACACACUGUCAAGAGAUUGAUAUUGAUCUCACCUCACUGUGAAACCUGUUGGCAUUCAGCUGCAGAAGAUUUGCAGAGGCAGGUAGUCAGUGAAUGCUGGCGUAAUAAAAACAUGGAGCUUGUAAUUAGGUUAGGAUCAAAAAUGAAAAUUUUUACUGAGUUGAGUUGCUUCUGUUUUGUUACAGUUAAGUUGAAAAAAAUUGAGACAGACACUUUUAUUGCACAGUUUUGAAUUGAGUUAUCAUGAAUAAAACAAAGAGAUACAGUGUCAUGUCAGCAGCAUAGCAGGGUUUUAGGAUACGCUGCCUGCAGAUUAGUACACGUGCGUAUAUAAACAUUUUGCUGUGUACAGCAAGAGGGCUCCAGGUUCAAGCCCUGGCUGACCUGAUGCCUUUCUCUGCAGAGUUUCCAUGUUCUCCCUGUGCAAACUCACUGACUACACUUUACUAAGGCAUCUUCAUCUAAAGACAAAGCCUAAAACUAAAAAUCAAGUUUGCAUUAUUGAAUCCCAGCUUUCCCAUGCGUAGUGGUGUCCAGAUCUGUCAAGUCUCGAUUUAUGUUUAUGCAGCUGUUAUAAAUGAAGCCCUGGUGUGACUGUAUGUGUUUGUAUACUUUGUGUGUAUGCAUGCAUAUUAAAGACAGUGAGACAAUC